AUGUUCACAAAAUUGCGACAUGUGUUUGUAACAGAGGGCAGCAAGCGAAACCACGGACGCUUGUGUGCUCACGUGAGGAGCGGUCCCACAGGCCCCCUACACAGCCCAUACUCUCCACCAACAUUGACCGGUUCGCCACUCUCCUGGUUCCCCAAUCCGUCCAUCUUCAACCACAACUUCGCCCUCACUCACCCUUCCAUCCUCACCAAUGCACCAAACGGCUUGCAUGACCUUUCACCUUUGUCCGAAUCGUUGGAAACUUCACAGCACAACAACACGCAGGCACAACAACACGCAGGCACAACAACACCAGCCUCCAUUCACAUGAACGUGUGCAACUUAAGGCCGAGACACAAAUUGAGACGAAGACACAGAAAUGUUGGCCGACACAUGGACUAG